ACAACAGAAGAGUCUUCAAGGAGUCACGCAUAGCAACACUUCCUGUAACUUUCGACUUUAUUUUUAUAUUUACUCCACUCUCGUCAAGCACAGGAUGCCCUUUUUGGGACAAGAUUGGAGAUCGCCGGGUCAAAGUUGGGUUAAAACCGAGGAGGGAUGGAAGAAGACGGCGGUGGACGAAACGAACAACAAUGUCACCGUGGAGAGCUUCUGCAAGGCAGAGCAGGAGAGCAACUUCAACAAGGAAAACUUGCUGCUGACUCUCAGCUACGACAUGGCUGCCAAGAAGAGGAAAAAAGACCUGAUGAACAACAACACUAAAGUUCCAUAUUUCCACCGGGAAAAGUGGAUUUAUGUUCAUAAAGGAAGCACCAAGGAGCGCCACGGAUAUUGUACUCUGGGAGAGGCCUUCAACCGCUUGGAUUUCUGCAGCGCCAUCAAGGACACCAGGAGGUUCAAUUAUGUCGUCAGACUCCUGGAGCUUAUCGCCAAGUCCCAGCUCCCCUCUCUCAGCGGCGUGGCCCAGAAAAACUACAUGAACAUUCUGGAGAGAGUGGUGCAGAAAGUGCUCGACGACCAGCAGAACGUUCGUCCCAUCAAGGAGCUCCUGCAGGCGCUCUACGUGUCGCUGUGCAGUCUGGUUCAAGACAUGGGCAAGUCUGUGCUGGUGGGGAACAUCAACAUCUGGGUGCACCGCAUGGACAACAUCCUGCAGUGGCAUCAGCAGCUGGACAACAUCCAGAUCAACAGACCCACAUCAAAUGGCAUGACGCUGAUGGAGCUGCCUGUCAGCCUGCAGCUGAACAUCAUGCAGCGUCUGUCAGACGGCAGGGACCUGGUCAGCCUGGGUCAGGUCUGUCCAGGACUGGGGGCACUCGCUGAGGACCGGCUGCUCUGGAGGAAACUCUGCCAGCACCACUUCACAGACAGACAGAUCCGAAAGCGGCUGAUUGUGUCAGACAAAGGUCUGCUGGAGUGGAAGAAGAUGUACUUCAAGCUGAGUCGAUGCUAUCCUCACCGAGAGCAAUACAGCGACACUUUGCACUUCUGCUCACAUUGUCACAUCCUUUUCUGGAAGGACACAAAUCAUCCUUGCACUGCCAACAACCCAGAAAGCUGCACUAUGGCGCUCUCACCACAAGACUUUAUCAACCUGUUUAGAUUCUGAUCGCACCCAACUGCCCCGAAAGUGUACAUAAUGUACAUACACGUGUAUAGUUUUGUUGUUUUCAUUUGAGAUAUGAAUGGUGAUCAGGCUGUGGGACAACCAUGCAAUUGGGAUUUUGGAUUGUGUCUUGUUUACUUUUUACAAAGGAAGAUGCUGUUGUUAAGUGACAGAGAAGAGACGGCAAGUCGGAAAAAUACAUUUUUAGAUGCAAGAAAGGCAAAAGACAAAUAUCAAUUUAUUUGGGGGUUUCAGUUCAAGGUACUUUUUGUUUAAAAGUAUUUGCCUCAAAAAGCUGGUCACAGUCUAUAAACACAUGAAGUUGGAUGAUUAUUUAUAUCAGUAAGGAUGUGGAGUUUUGAUGUGUGUUGUCCACAUUGGGGAAAGACAAACUGAAGUAGACACAAUUGAAUGUAAGAAACUGAGUGUUGCUGCAUCAUGUUUUCUAUAUACUUUUUCACUUUUAUAAAGAUUUGAUACCUUUAUAUUUUAAUGAGAUCAUUUUCUGCCAUGGCUGCUAUUUCAGUAGUUUUUGACUGAUAUACUUUGUGUGCCUUAUUGCUAAACUUGAAACCAGUACAUUUUCCCCGAGAUCCUGAACAUGAACACAACCACAUUUUUUUUUAAUACAUACCAAAGUUUAGUUUUUUGCAUGAAAAAGCAUUUGUGUAUUUAUUCAAAUUCUUGUUAAGUAGCUCCAUGUUGGUUUCUGACUUUCUUUUAGCACUGCUCACUUAGUGCACUGAUGUACUGUACAUGCUAUGCAAUGCAUUCUGUUGUGUAA